GAAAGCUACGAGCCAAGGGGGUUUUCUCUCUCUCUCUCUCCCUUUCUUUUCAGCGCCUUCUUUUCUUUUUCAGUUUCUUCCCACCCUUGCCUCGGACUCGCCCUACCCCCUCCCCCUUACUCCCCGCUCCCCCCUUCCUCCCCCCCUCUCUCUCGCUCCCGUAAUGAUUUCUCCGCCGCCGCAAAUCUUGAUGUGCAAAGCGUGGAGGAGGAGGAGGAGAGAAGAGCGAGCUGACGGGGCAAUGCAAGGGUUAAUGAUGGGGUCGUGGAACACGCGCGAGGUGCAGACGUCCACGCGGAGUGAAGGGGACAUUCGUGCGCACUUGGGCAGCAGAAGGGACGUGAGGGCCCGAUGGACCAUGCUGGGUAACGGAAUGGCAGCCAAAGGAUGGAGAUGGAGCGAUGAGAGACAGGCCACGAAUCCUGAGCGAGGAUGGACGGUGGCGCCCGGGACCGCAGCGCGACACCGCCGCCCUCCCCCGAGUUGCGGCAACGUGGCAGCACUCUCCUGGAAAGGUGUCGUGAGACUCGUGGACGAACAACAACAUCACCACCAACAUCAACAACAGCACCACCAACAUCAACGACAACAGAAGCAACAACAACAGCAGCAGCAGGGCCUCGCGCGCUGACCCCGACACGGCUGACCCUCACACAGCGAGAGCGACCUGUGGAUGGACCGCCCUCGCCCCGAUAAUGUGGAAUUUACCCAAGCUGGUUGCUGAGUUCGAUUCUGGCUCUCGACCCGAGUUGAAAUUCCCGGACACGGCUAACAUCAGUGGCGAGUGAUUUGUCUGCACCGGGUUUGUUACUCACUUCAGGGUGAGUCAACCUUAGAUCGUCUAUCUGCGGUCGACUCAUCCUUAAGUGAGUACCCCGUGCGAUAUGUAAAGCAUCAGCACUGGGGAUACAAAGGCGGUCGCGCGGGGUGCCGGUGGCCACAUCACCCUCUCAUGCGCCGUCCUCGCGAACAGCACUUGACCCAAUAGCUUGCGUAGGCUAUACGGGGGACCUUUGUCUUUGCUGACCUGAAGCAACAAGAUGUCAUGGCGCGUCCUAUGCUGACACCACGUGGUCGAGGUGCGGUACUGCAAGCGUCCCGCUCAUCCUGCUGAGGCAAGAUGCUGUCAGCGAGCACCUAUUAAGGGCAGCAUGGUGAGGUGGUGAUGUGGUCACCAGCACCACUCCAAGGCCGCCUUUGUCUCCCCAGUGCAAUCUUUGGACACACUGGUGGAAGGGCCUUGGGGGUGAGAUUGGCCUUGCGAUUAAUAACGAUCGGGUCAAUUCCUGAAGAAGCUCGCUAUGACGUGGAGCGAAACGUCGGGGAUUGUGCCGGCAAAAAAACAACGGCACAGCCAGAAAGCGCGCCCCCACAUACGUACGCACACAGAGACAAAGAUCCCCCGUAUAGUCUUAACAUACUGCUGUGGCAAGUGCUGUUAGCGAGUAGCACCUAUGAAGGCCAGCACGGCACACGAGGGGGUGGGUGUCCAGCACCA